AUGCAACGUGGAAAUUUCAGCUUGAAUCCACCCGGUUCACAUGAUUGCUAUCGAAAGUUGGCACCAUGUGGCGGCUUCAAUUCCUCGACAUCGAAACAAAGAACAACUCUCGAAGCUGGUACAGAAUAUACCGUCAUGUUUCAACAACAUUUGAACCAUUACUAUCCACCGAAUCCAGGCCAAUUGGACAUUUCAUUUGCUGUGGGACUUGAUCCUGACGAGUCGGAUUUUCAAACGUUGAUCUCUUUUAACGAUUAUAAUCCUAUGAAUCAUAAUACACAAACGAAUUUUUCGAUUCCGAUUCGUUUACCGAAUCAGCCAUGUGAUCAUUGUGUUUUACGAGUACGUUAUUUGACCAAGAAUCCUGACGAAGAAGAUCAUGGCAUGACAUUUCAUCAGUGUUCUGACAUUCGAUUGACAGCAAGCUC